CGCCCACUAUUGCACAUUGCAUUGAGGAGCGUCCACAGGGAGACGAAACGCCAGGACACAGAACAUAGAAGGAAGUUGAUUGGUCAGUUCAGUCAGCUCCACCCAGCAACAGUGUUCUGAUUGGUGGAGUGAUCUCUGCCUUGCCAUGCCGUUAAGGUAAACAGAGGUUCCAGAGAAAGAGCGUCUGGCUGUGUGUUUGGGAGGAUGACAUGUCAUUGGCGGUCCAUUUUCAGGUGUGUGUGUUAUUGCCAGAGUGUGUGUUAUAGUGAGAGUGUGUGUCCUUGACUGAGAGUAUAAAAGUCAGUCAGACGGUGGGAGCGACAGACGGGGAGAGAAACAACAGAAACCUCCAUCAGAGGCUGAUCAACAGGAAACGACAGCGACCAGAGAAGAAGAAGAAGACGGGAAAAUGUGUCCGGUGUGGCUGUUGGUGGCCAUGGUGGUUGUGGGCGGAGCUAGCGGAGCUGCCAGUCAGUGCUGGGAGCAUCCGAGCUGUCAGGAGCUCAACAACGAGAGCAGCAUGAUGGAGUGCAUCCAGCUGUGCCGCUCUGACCUCACCGCUGAGACCCCCGUAGUCCCUGGCCCGGCCCACCUCCAGCCUCCCCCUCCAUCGGACCCUUCCUCCUCCAUGGUCCCCGCCUCCUCGUCCCCUCAGACCAAACGCUCGUAUUCCAUGGAGCAUUUCCGCUGGGGGAAGCCAGUGGGCCGGAAACGCCGCCCGGUCAAAGUGUACACGUCUAACGGCGUGGAGGAGGAGUCGGCCGAGGUUUUCCCUGAAGAGAUGAAGAGGAGGGACCUGGUUAGCGAGCUGUUGGCAGCGGCGGCGGAGGAAGAAGAGGAGAAUAAGCUCCAGGAAGUGAUGGAGGAGGAAGACAAGGACCUGAUGGAGAAGAAGGACGGCACCUACAAGAUGAAACACUUCCGCUGGAGCGGCCCGCCCGCCAGCAAACGCUACGGCGGCUUCAUGAAGAGCUGGGAGGAACGCAGCCAGAGACCGCUGCUGACGCUCUUCAAGACGGUCAUCAACAAAGACACGGAGUAGAGGAAGUAGAGACGAGGAAGACUGUUUACACCGCCAGGAGGGAGGAAGUGACCAAUCAGACGCUCUGAAACGGCCGACUGUGACCAUGAAUGACUGAAACAGAGAGAGAGUUUUCAUAUUUAUUGAUUUGUGUAAAUAUUUUAAUGACAUGAAACAUAAAGAGAGA